AAUAAUUCUGGGAUCUCAUAUUACAGCAUUAACCCGGGUCUCAACGAUGAGGCUGGAAAUCGAGCAAUCGCUACAGGGUGAAUCUUACGCUUCCCGGGUCUGUGGCCAACGUGUGACCAAAAUGGGGGACCACAAUGGUCCCGGAUCCUCUCGACUACCGAAGGCCAAGAGCACGGUGUCGUUGUAUUGCGGUCCAGGAGCCACCCCUUCACACUGCCCCUAAUGUGCUUGGCCCCAUUGUUGAACAUGUUUGUUGCGCUUCUAUCUGCGAUUGAAAUCUUGGGUCGAUGCAUAAAGCUCUGCUGUACCUGCGCUAAGAAAGUUCUCGUGUGCAAAGAAAAUUAGCCAAAGUAGUUAGAUGCGAAACGUAAAGAUCGAUGCCGAGUCUCGGCCCUUCUCU